AUGUCCCCCACAAAUCGAGUGCCGUCUAUGCGCAUGAACCCUUCUGGUGCGCGCGAUAUUCCCACAUUCAUCGACGAACUUGCUAAAGAUGAGGCGAAAAACCAACCUAAGGGCGACUCGGAGAGUACCUUUUCCGACGCUUCGACACUUCAAGGCAACGAGCAAUCGUCGAAAUUAAAACGCGGGCUUCUCAAUAAGAUUCGUUCUUUUUCGCAAUCAGGAAAACAGGAUGCCGUCAAAGAGUAG